AUGGAGUUGGUCCUUCCGGCCUGGCUGCCCUUGUCAGUGUAUGCCUGGAUAAUUCAACAGCUGUUCUUCCAUGCCGCCGGUCUAGCUUUCGAAUGGUGCGAUCGCAAGGGCGCCAUCUCUCAUCUCAAAGUACGCGAGAUCGACCGCAUAUCAUACCGCCAGAUGCUCCCGCAGGUUCUCUGCAACCAGUGUUUCAUCCUGCUGCCGAGCAUGAUGCUCGCACAAGCGACAGGAUACUGUUUCGUGGGCUCGGCGCAUCUCCAUCCAUUGUCCUUUCUCCUCGCGCUGCCGGCGAUGGCGAUCGGACACGACGUGGUGCAAUAUCUCGCCCAUCGCUAUUUGUUGCACAACCCCAAUUUGCGGCUCAUGCGCAUGCUGCAACACUCUCUCCAUCAUUCCACGGGAGCCAGCCGCGGGAUCAGCGCGUGUUACAUGGCGCCUGCGGACUUCUUCCUCGAGAUCGUGCUGCCAUACCUGGUUCCCCUCGCUCUGGUGGGCGGCGGGGGCACAGAUGUUUUAUUUCAUUCGUUGGUCGCAGGGUCAGGGGCCAUAGGUGGUGUGUAUGAGCACUCCGGGUACGACGGUUCACUGCUUUUCACCCCGACCCCCACGGCAAUCCACGGCAAGGAUGUGUUCGCGGACUGGAUGUCGGGACUAUUUCCCGUCCUGCACGGUCUGCUGGAUAAUCGUGCUCACGGGGAGCAUCAUUCUCGCGCGAAUGUCUCCUUCUCGGACGGAUUUGGCAGUCCUGGCAUAUGCGACACUCUGUUGGGUACGCGGUGGGACUUGGUGGCCUCUCGACGAGCGGCGGCUGAGCAGGAGUGGCAGGCACAGCAGGCAAGACAUAUGAGUGCCACAUAA